AACAGAAAUGUGUACAAUAACUUGUAAUGCUCAAAUGCGUUUGGUGCUUGAAUUCAUCGUUUUAUCCUUCUGUAUUAGUUAUAUCAAUAUGCAAAUCAUUUGGGAAUUCAUAUUAAGAUGAUGGCGUGUCGUCGCGCACUGAAGGCGGUUCUCAUUGAUCUGAGUGGGACUCUUCAUAUCGAGGAUGCUGCAGUUCCUGGGGCGCAAGAGGCUUUAGCCCGAUUAAGACAGGCUCCGGUCACUGUAAAAUUUGUCACCAACACCACAAAGGAAUGUAAGAGAACUCUGUUUGAGCGUCUGCGCCGGUUGAACUUUGACAUCCAGGAGCAGGAGAUCUUCACAUCGCUCACUGCAGCCCGUAAUCUACUGGAGCAGAGAGCAGUGCGCCCUCUACUGCUGGUGGAGGAUAGUGCUCUAGAGGACUUCACAGGUUUGGAAACUUCAGAUCCUAAUGCGGUUGUGAUUGGAUUAGCACCUGACCACUUCAACUACCAGACACUCAAUAAAGCCUUCCGACUUAUUUUAGAUGGUGCCCCGCUCAUUGCCAUCCAUAAAGCACGAUACUAUAAAAAGAAGGACGGGUUGGCUUUGGGACCGGGUCCGUUCGUGACGGGUCUGGAGUACGCAACUGACACCAAGGCGACGGUGGUGGGUAAACCAGAGAAAGCCUUCUUCCUUGAAGCCUUACGAGACAUGAACUGCUCACCGGAGGAGGCUGUGAUGAUAGGAGAUGAUGCCAGAGAUGAUGUUGGGGGGGCACAGAAUGCGGGAAUGCUGGGAAUUUUAGUGAAAACUGGUAAAUACAGAGCUGGUGAUGAGGGUAAAAUUAACCCACCACCUCACCUGACAUGUGACAGCUUUCCAGAGGCUGUCAAUCAUAUACUUGAACAUCUCUUAGGAUCUAAAUAAUUGUAAAACUAACAAAAAAAGCAAUAUUGGUCUUGUGUAGUUUAAUUAUUGUUUUACUGUCCAUUGUAUCAUUGCCUCACUCCUUAUGCAUUUAUUCUGAUGCACUUAUCCUAUGAAUCAAUCUAGCUCAUGAGAAAUAAAAUAAAAAAAGUAAACUAUGAAAAAC